AUGUUAGGGUUUUUAUUAGCGAGACAGGCGGGUUUGGACGACCCUCUUCGCCUCCAGAGAGCGGAGUCCACACGGAGGGUUUUGGGACUGGAGUUAAACAAAGACAGAGAUGUUGAAAGAAUCCAUGGCAGUGGAGUUAACACCCUUGACAUUGAACCUGUUGAAGCAAGAUACAUGUUAUCAGGUGGUUCAGAUGGUGUGAUUGUACUUUAUGAUCUUGAGAACUCCAGCAGACAACCUUAUUACACAUGUAAAGCAGUGUGUUCCGUUGGCAGAAACCAUCCUGAUGUUCACAAAUACAGUGUGGAGACUGUACAGUGGUAUCCUCAUGACACCGGCAUGUUUACAUCAAGCUCCUUUGAUAAAACUCUGAAAGUGUGGGAUACAAAUACAUUACAAACUGCAGAUAUAUUUAAUUUUGAAGAAACCGUUUAUAGUCAUCAUAUGUCUCCAGUUGCCACCAAACACUGUUUGGUAGCAGUUGGUACUAGAGGGCCCAAAGUACAACUUUGUGACUUAAAGUCUGGAUCCUGUUCCCACAUUUUACAGGGUCACAGACAAGAAAUAUUGGCAGUUUCCUGGUCGCCUCGUUGUGAAUAUGUCUUGGCAACUGCAAGUGCUGACAGUAGAGUAAAAUUAUGGGAUGUGAGAAGAGCAUCAGGAUGUUUAAUUACUCUUGAUCAGCAUAAUGGAAAAAAGUCACAGGCUGUUGAAUCAGCAAACACUGCUCAUAAUGGGAAAGUUAAUGGCUUAUGUUUUACAAGUGAUGGGCUUCAUCUCCUUACUGUUGGUACAGAUAAUCGAAUGAGGCUCUGGAAUAGUUCCAAUGGAGAAAACACACUAGUAAACUAUGGAAAAGUUAAUAAUGACAGCAGAAAAGGAUUGAAAUUCACUGUCUCCUGUGGCUGCAGUUCAGAAUUUGUUUUUGUACCAUAUGGUAGCACUAUUGCUGUUUAUACAAUUUACUCAGGAGAACAGAUAACUAUGCUUAAGGGACAUUAUAAAAGUGUUGACUGCUGUGUAUUCCACUCUAAUUUCCAGGAACUUUAUAGCGGUAGCAGAGACUGCAAUAUACUUGCUUGGGUACCAUCCUUAUAUGAACCAGUUCCUGAUGAUGAUGAGCCUACAACCAAAUCACAGAUAAAUCCAGCAUUUCAAGAUGCAUGGAGCAGCAGUGAUGAGGAAGGAUGAUUGUCAAUCCUGAGUACCUUUGUGUCUCUUUUGAUGAAACUUUUAAAAUGGGACUGUUUUUUUGUUGUUACUGUUUUCUUCCUAUGUGAUGACAGCUAAAGUACCCCUUAAUUUGGUGUUUUUUUUCACCUGUGUUUUAAAAUGAAGGUAUUAGGGGCGCCUAGGUGGCUC